AUGAGUCGGACAGCGACGCGCCGCCACAACGCCUGGCCCGACAAGCCGCCCGCGCAUCGCGACGCGCCGCGCGACGCGCGCGACGACGAGUGGGCGGCUUUGCUGGAGGAAUCACGCGCGAGCGACCCGCGCCUCGCGGGCCGGCCGGCGCCGCGCGUCGAGCGGUUCACGUACGCAGUCGACGGCGCCGACGACCGGACGGCGACGUUCUACGGCGCCGCGUUUACGGCCGCCGACGCGACGCCGCGACCGGGCGUCGUGCUCUUCCACACGGCCGCGGGCCCGCGCGACCGCUUCGUCGAGUGGAUGGCCGAGCGCCUCGUCGCGGCGGGCUACACGGCGGUCGUCGCGGACCUCUACGGCGACGCGUGGGGCAGCGGCUGGGACGCGGCCUGGGCCGCGGGGCCGCGCGAACAGCUGAAGGACCCGGCCGUCCUCGCGGAGCGCGCGCUCGCGGCGCUGCGGUGCGCGCAGGCGCGGCCGGACGUCGACGCGGCGCGCUGCGGCGCCCUGGGCUGGUGCUUGGGUGGGCGGGCGGCCGUCACGCUCGCGUCGAUGCGCCCCGCGGGCCUGCGGGCGGCGGUGUCGUUCCACGGCGUCUUCGACGCCGAGUGUCUCCGGGAGGCGCUCCAGACGGACGAGCCGCCGCCGGGGCUGCUCCUGUGCCACGGGCUCGCGGACCCCUUCGUGCCGGCGUUCGAGGCCACGGUGGCGGCGCUCGUGGAGCGCGGCCUGCCGACGUUCGCGAGCUGCUUCCCCUUCGCGAAGCACGGGUUCACGAACCCGGCCCAGGCGCUGAAUUCGGCGGACGCGUUCGCCUACGACGCCGUCGCCGCGGAGGCGGCGUGGAGGAGGGCGGAGGAGGAGCUCGAGCGUUUGUUGUGAUCUUGUAAAUACAUCUUUCUAAUACAUCUUAUACACUAUAUCUUUGCACAUUCCCGGGCGAC